ACCAAUAGACAGACUGGGAAAGAGAUAGUGUCAUAGAAAAGAUAACAAUUUGUUAUCUAUUCUCUGUUAGUGUCGCAAAUUCGCAAAUAACAGGAAGUCCAUUCAUUCCACAUCACAGUGUUGCAUUCCGAUUAAUUCUUUUCGAAUUAAACAUGGAAACGACUUCGAUAGGAACAAAUAGCGACGAAAGAGACUCAGUACCUGAAAACCCUUCCCCCUUUCAGAUGUUUAAGAAGAGAACAGGUACCACGGACGUAGGCAAAGACUACGAACAUCUCUACAUAGCGAAUUUAGUUUUAAAAUUAGUAAUUGACGAUGACGUGGAUGAUUUUAAUUUGUCAUCAAACGAUAAUCAAUAUGGAUCUUUCGACGACGUUGUAGUUGACAUUAACUUUAAAAAUCGCACAGAAACGUUCGCCGUUCAGUUAAAACACAUCAAGAGAGCACCAAGAAUAAAAAUUGAGCAGCUAAACGCAUCAUCUGGAAACUUUAGUCUCGACAAGUAUUACGAAAACUUCAAAAAUGAACCAAAGUUAUCUGAGCGGCCUAUCAAGAUGGUUUUGUUUACCAAUUCUAAGUUAAAUAAUGAACAUAUCGAUCGGUUAAAAUUUGGAAAAUUGGUCCAGUGUGAUCAAGAUAGCGUGCUAAGAAUUUCAAAAUCGAGAGGACAGUGUCAUAAAUUUGAAGCAAGUGAACCUAAUUUGCCGAAAUAUGAAGAAUUUUUUGAAAAUUUAUAUUUCUAUAGUGAUCAACCACAUGUCAAAGAACUUGAAAAGUGUACAUUCGAAAUGUUCAAAAAAUAUUUUAGUAGUAGCGAAAUCACUUUUCGCGAGUAUGUACAUUUUAUAAACCAAUGGAGUAUGAAGGAAGGGGAAAAAAUCGCUUUAAAUAAAACGUUUAUAAAGGACGUGAUAACACUUUGUGCAUUUGCACCUUUUAUCAAGCCGUUAUCUUUUGUUGCCGGUGGAUCAAGUGACACCAAAAGAACAAUAUUUAGAGAAGCUGUUUCGAAAUUUGACUUGACUGUUAUAAAUAAAAAGAAUUUUGAAAAAAUCGACUCACUUUGGGCAAAUGCUGUUGACGGUAUAGAUGAUAUGGAAGAAACGAUUAAAGUUAAUAACUUAUAUCAACUUAUAGAUGACAGGAUAGAAAGUAAGGAAAGCCUCUAUAAUAAGGACGAAACGAAAGUGUCGAAGCUCCUGUGGUUACUGGGAAAAAGUCCGUUGGUCGUUGAAGGAUGCUCAGAAGUGUAUCAAGCAAUGAAAAUAUGUCAAGUUCGAAAUCUAAUUAUAUUAGAUAAUCGAGAAACGUUUAACCACGGUGUUGCGGAUCAGUAUCACAUAUUUCAAAAGUUGUCAGAUUUAAACGAAUACGCACAGUUCUAUGCAGAAAUCUUAACGAAUUUUACCUAUUCAUUAGAAGGUCAAAAAGACGUUGAACUUAAAUAUUUGUUAGAAAUCUGCGAAGAUAACGCCAACUUUAUCACUACCGAUGAUUUCGUCGAAAUGAUGGAAGCUCCACUCUUGAUUGGAAAAUACAAAGAUGCUCUGCCACCCAGUCAUAUCGAAAGAAAGUUGACCAAAAUUUUAAUAGAUGUGAAAUUUUUGAAAACCUUCGAUCGAAAUACAGCUGCUUUAGUUGACUGCGUAACAGAUGUUGAUUAUUUUAAAACAAUGUUACCAAAUUUAGUAAUUAGCGAAGUGAAUGAUAUUGGACUUAUCCAGAACACAAUUCAUGAUCAAAAAAUCUACAUUAGUGGAAGCGAAAUUUUGCGGGAGGAAUUUUCUGCGCUGUGCGAAAAAAACUCAGAAGUUUUAUUUCAUCACUUCAGAUAUUUAGACAAUCAUCGAUUGGAAUGGAUAGAAAGUGUGAAUUAUGGUCCGGAACGACGAUACAUUGACGAACUUGAGAGGUUUCGUCUACAAAGUGAAUUUAUGGAAUACACUAUACGCGAACAAGAAUACUUCAGUCAGUCGCGGCAAAAUAUCAACAUUAUCUGUGCCGACCCUGGUAUGGGAAAAAGUACAUUAAUGAAGAGUUUAAAAAAUAGCAGCUGUUCGUCAACGUGGGUCAUCUUAAUCUACGCUAGAAAUCAUGCCUUACACUUCAGGAAACAUGGAUCAAGCGUGGAGAAUUUUUGUGAAUAUAUCUUAGAAGAUACUUUUAAGGAAUGUACAAACUCGUUCCACCAAAAGGUGUUGAAAUCAAUGUUGGAACAAAACCAAAUACAACUAGUAUGGGAUGGAAUUGAUGAAGCAUCUGACACCACUCAAGCUUCUAUUAUGAUGUUAGUAACCACUUUUUCGGAAAAAGGCCUGAAGCAAUGGCUAACGUCUCGAAACAAUUUGAAAAAUUUGUUAGAAACCAAGUUAGGUAUGUUUGCACGAAAUAUAAAACAGUUUAGUGAGACCGAACAACAAGAAUAUAUUAAAAACCGUUUACGGAUUACCGAAGAUGAGUUAACUGAAACUUUUAAUAAAAUAAGAAAAAACAUAAUGUCUUUUCCAAAUUACGAAAUUUUGGGCAUUCCUCUACAAAUUUAUAUGCUUACAGAAUUGUUUUUAACAGACAGAGACAAAUACCUACAUUUGUUAGACGGCAUUUUCACUGUUCUUGAUCUAUACGAACAUUUUGUUGAUGAAAAAUUUCAUGUUUUAUACAACGACAAGAAAGAAAUUACUUUAAGAAAUGAACAAAAUAUCCAGAAUUUUGAAAAAGAAAAAAACACUAAAAUGAAUCAUUAUAAAAGCUUAGCUGCAAGUUAUUACCUUUAUAACUCUUUUAUAAGCAAAAUUGCCAAUACCUUAUUUCGUUACGACAAAACAACUGACAGUUUUCUAGAAAAACUUAAAAAGGAAGGUGAUGACGUGGGAUUUAUAAGCCGCGUUAUAUCUAAAUAUGACGUUGAUUUCACUCACAAUUCGUACGGUGAAUAUUUUGCAGCUUUGCAUUUAUUUGAACAGGAAGCUUCUAAAGCACGCGACAAAAAAUUUAUUUCUGACAGUCGAUUUAAAAACAUCCGAUUUUUUUUAGAUUUAAUGUUAUCGAGAAAUUCUAAAUGUUUAGUAGGUGUUAUAUAUAAAAAUCUUACAAUUCUAGAAAAAUUUACUGAUGCAGAUUUACUUGAAAAAGAUAUCAUUGGUCGUGACAUUUUGGAAGUGGCUUGCGCGUGGAAUAAGAGUUAUCCACUGGUUAAAAAUAAUAUUCUUGUGAAUUACCAGAAUUUUGACAAGGAGUGGAUAAUUAAUAAUAAUAAAGAACUUGUCAAGGAUUUAAAUUAUCGUGAUGUAGGUCCAAAAUUUUAUAAGUUUGGCGCAUCAAAUAAUGUCUGUUUUAAAAAAUUGAUGAUUUUCUUACCAUUUUUGAUUCCAUUGUAUGACGGUAAUCAGUUUGCCGCGGAAUAUUUAGCAGCAGUUUUGUAUUAUACAAUUAGGUUUGAUUUUCCAAUUAUUUUUGAGUGUAUUGAAAAUUCCAUUCCUUUAAAAAGCACUUACAAUAAUAUUAAUCCAAGAAGUGUUUUAGCUUUGGCUCUUUUUAACAGAUCGGCGAGAAUAUUAAAAAAACUAUUUUCAGAUAAACGAAAUCAGUCUGAAUGGGACUGUGUAGACGAACUUUUAGUUUUGGAUUCAGAAAUUGACGAAAUUUUGACUUUUGCAUUAGAUUUGCCUGAGUUUAGCAUUGAUGUGCCAAAUUCGAGAGGUCAGUCGUUGGCGCAUUAUGCAUGUAAAAACAAUCUGACUAAGAUGUUGCCACACGAUUUUUAACCAAAAGGUCGAAUCCGAUUCAGGGCCAGCUGGUGGCAAUUGGUGCCGGCUAUUGUUACGCUCAGGGGCCGAGGGUUGAUUAGGUUUGGCCUGAAUCAGGGGAAAACGAUACGUAACUUAAUCUCUAAUUGGGCGCCAAGGUCCUCCGGCAAAACGGUGGUGGGAAGUGCUUGGACCUAAAGCACUUCUCGAGCCGACCUGAACUAUCGGGUAAAAAAAGAAAUGUGGGUGUGAGUUGUAUAUUGAGAAAAAGGAAAAAAAAAAAUAAUCAAUUAAUUAUAAUUAAGUAAAUAGUAAACGCCAGCACAGCAGCGUCUGACAAGGUGAAAUUUAAAUUAAGUACUUGCAAUCUUAUUCCGACUCGCCGCCACUGUAAUCGGUACGACUACCAUUACUACGCUUCACCAUAGGCCGUUUGAUCAAACUCCGCAGGCGCAAUUCGCGUAAGUCCUAGACGAAUACGUACGCACCCGAUUACAUUACAGAGCGGACAACAAAAAAAAGAAACUUGCUUAACUAAAUUAUCAAUAGAAUUACUGCCACGAUGUCAACUACAUCAACUGCGUGAUACGCUCUGACCUUGUUCCUUAUCGGCGAAGUCUGACGACAGUCUCGAAGUGGCAAAUGCAAAUCCAGGCUGCUCCGGGGGGUGCAAAGUGUCGAACGGACAGCGAUCUCCAAUUCACGGCGUCGAAGAACCAGGGGGGUCAACAGGGAUCAGAUUCGCAGGCGAAAAUCACGUAGUGAUAAGCAAUACAGCAGUCAGAAGAUAAGACAAAAAGAAAAAGGAAAAAAAAAAGGGUCCUGCAAGGAGGGAAAAAACAGUUGUAGCGUAAUGAAAUCGAAAUAGUCUGGUCUUACUCUGGUGGCAGGCGACCCUAAUGUGUUUGGCACGCAGCUAGGCCCCAAAAUCCGGAACAAAUCCGAAGACUGGCCGGAACCUUCACAAAUGUCCCUCAGGACGUCGUUCCUGGACCGAGUCUAACUGGGCGGUGCUUGCCCGGACAAUCCCAUCCACUGGCGAGCGCAAAUUGCUCAAAAUUCCUGGACAGCACCAGCACUCCCGCACGUGGCAAAAAUUUUCCAACCAAAGAGACUAAUGGCGACUCAAAAACGGAUGUUAAAAAACCCUACCCCGGCUUCUCGAAGGUUUUUCCUUGAAGGGGGAGAAAGGCGGGAAAUUUCCGCCAUAAAGGCUAUGAUGAAAAAGGGCUAACUAUUUCAAAUUUGACACAUAGUUCAACUUCCGCUGCUUUGCUCCUGCGUACAACCUCUGUCAAGUUUUUGACAUUCAGUUAACCUCCUAAUCCAAGUGUCAACAGCAAUACACGCGCCAAAAUAACGCAAAUCGAAUUUCAAAACGAUAGGAGUAGCAAGGCAAAGAGGGAGGAAAGCCACCCCCAACAUCGGGUGAGUCGUAUUUACAAUGCAAACAGAAAUGGCCUUCGAGCUCUUCGUAGGCCAACAACCCUUGCCCGUCAACUACGCUUCCCUCCUACAGGAUAAAGUUCAGGGCUUAAUUUAAGGAACUCAGGACCCGCUCAUGUAAAAUCUUAUCACCUCUCUAGGGCAGAGCGUUCCCAAACCAGCUAUGUAUUACUGGUUGCCUUCUUACAGGCGCGCUUUACCGUACAUGAAGAGGCGAAGGAGAGAAGAAAUGUGGCUUAUCACGGAAGUCAAAACUCAACCGUGACAAUGCCCCCUCCCUAAAAUACGUAAAUUUUCUAACAAAUUUACGAGCGGAUCUAGUUGAAGAUGAGCCCGUUGAAGCCACUAAGUAAAAGUUACGGGUGGAGCAUGUAUAACCGGUAGCGACCAAUUCUCCGGCAGCGAAACGGCAUCUCGAACCGGUUCCGCCUUCAAAAGAGGUUCCCACGCGCGUCGCGAAUGGGUGUUAACAUCGCGCCGUUGCGCACUCAGCAAUCCUUGGGAACCCUCGUCGACGCCACCGUUCGAAAUCCAUCCCUCGCAACCGGAAUCCUCAGAACGCCACCGUCCUUCCAAACAAGCUCCUUAUACCCCAAAUCCCACGAAAACUAAAGGUUAAAUAGAAAUUCUAAGAAAAAUGCCAAAAAGGAUAAAAUUUUGUUUUAACUAACCUAAACCUAACACGUCGAACUAACGACAAAACUAACAGGGACCGCAGGCGGGUCACCACUCAAAAUAACUUCCCUAGGACGAACGUGUCCGAACCCACGACCCAAAAGCACUUAAGGAAAGAAAAAAACUCGAGGCAGGAUACCUAGUACGCGCGACCGUCAUGUACGACCUACACGUCCGAAAAAGACCGACGUCGCCCCUGCCCAUCCCCUCAGGAAUGGGUUGCAGUGGCGCCGUCCCCCACUACAUGCGGCAUCACAAAGAAAAGAAGAAACAUCCACCAGAGAACAAAUAUACACAACAAUGGUCGCGUCCACCGUCGACGCCCCACUAGGAAUCCUUCCCCACCUGCUCCAAAACGGCAGGAUUUGCGACCUCUACCGGGCCUCACAAUCGGGUGGAAAAAAAAAAAUUAAGUCGAAUCCGGGAAAAAAAAAAUAAGAUAAAGUCCAAAUCCAAUGUAUAGCAAGAAUAGACUGAUCGAUUCCGGGGUGGCUCGCAUCAAACUCGCUAACUAAACUCAACGAAAACCGAAACUGCAAUGUCAAAAACUACGCUAACCGAACCCGGAUAUCUCGAUGGAAACACCAGUCUUACCGUUGGCUCUUGGCGGACUUUUACCGCCCAUGGCGACCCAUGAUCGACGUAGUCUUUAGCCCCAUCGACAGAGCUAACCACUUCGAAACUAACCAGCGUCAUCAUAAGGUUCGGCUACCGGCUUGAGGUCCUGAACAUGCCAGACACCUUUCCCAUGACCAUGUUCGUCUGUCAGCUCAUAUGUCCAGGCUCCAGCCCUCCGAGCUAUUAUAAACGGCCCGACGAAUUUCGGACCCAGCUUCGCAGCAUAAUGAGCGGCAGCGUCGGAAAGACUCUUGUCGCGGCGCCAUACUUCCUGCCCAACCUCAAACCGCACUGGCCUCCUCCGGAGAUCAUAAGCAUGCUUGUUGCGGACGAAGGCAGAUCUCAAUUUCGCGACGAUGUUCGUGUACAGCCGUUCGAAUCCUGCUUGCCUUUUGCGGAUCUGACUCGUCAAGUCGCUUCCAGGCUCCGAUACCGAGUUAUCAAAGUCAGUCCCGAAAAGUUUGUGUUCCCUCCCGAAAUUGGCAAAAUAUGGACUAUAGCCUGUAGUCUCGUGUCGGGAAGAUCGAAUGGCGCAGCCUAUUGCGGCGAGAUUGUCGGCCCAAUGGCGAUGGUCUUUCUUCACGGUCGUUGCGAUCAUUGUCUUCACGACACCAUUUACCCGUUCCGUCGGAUCAGAUCGCGGGUAAUACAAAGGGGUAUACGACAACGUGACUCCGUAACUCUCACAGAGUUUACGAAACUCCCUGCUGCGCAUCUGCGUGCCAUUAUCGCAAACUAGGUACUUUGGGGCACCAUAUACUAAAAACACUCCUUCUUCGACACACCUGGACAGAAUCUUGGCUGAGCCGGUCCGAAUCGGAAACAACAAAACAUAUUUGGUGAAGUGGUCAGUUACCACAAGCGUGUACGUAUAACCCUGCGUUGAGCGUGGAAAGGGUCCAAUAAAGUCUAGGCUAAUCAACUGCCAAGGAGCCGUGAUAGUCGGUCUGCCUCCCAUUAACCCGGCUGGUGCUUUCCGUUCCACCUUAUAUCUCGCACAGGUGCGGCAUCCUUUGACAUAUCGAACUAUGUCAGCCUGCAUCUUCGGCCAGAUAUACUGUUGGCGAACCUUCCAAAAGGUCUUAAACAUUCCCACGUGACCAGCGGCGGGGAUAUCGUGACAACGCUCCAAAAUCGACUUCCGAUGAUCCUUCGGCACCACCAGUUUCCAAAAAUCGGACUCCCCAUAGAACUCAGGGAGACUGCAUUUGAUGUACUUAUACAGCAGCCCGUUUUCCACACGGUAGGCCGGAUACUUCCCAGGAUUCUCGACGACCGAAAUCAACAUCUUCUGAUACCACUUAUCGGUGGUCGCCCGAAAAUCAUUCGAAACCGCGUCCACGGAAUCUAGGGAGAUUGGCACGGAACGCGACAGCAUGUCAGGUACCACGUUCUCCUUCCCUUUUCUAUGCACAAUGGUGAAGUCGUACGGUUGGAGUCUCAACGCCCAUCGAGCCAGGCGACCUUGCGGGUCUUUUAGACGGUGGAGCCAAAGCAAACUAUAAUGGUCGGUAAUAACCGUGAACCGAGCACCCUCUAAAUAAUGCCUCAACUUUUCUACCGCCCAAAUCACCGCAAGACACUCUCGCUCCGUGGUCGAGUAAUUGCGCUCAGCCCGGGAAAGUGAACGGGAGAUGAAACAAAUAGGCUUUUCACCGUCCUCAAAUUUUUGACUCAAAACCGCGCCAACCCCAAACGCCGAAGCAUCACACUGGAGCACGAACUCGCGACUAAAAUCGGGACAACUCAAAAUUGGGGCGGUGACCAAAGACUCUUUUACCUUCCGAAAUGCGUCAUCGCACUCCGGUGUCCAGUUGAAAUGAACCCGUUUACGCGUCAGCUGGCCCAGGGGUUCCAGCACCGAGGAAAAGUUUGGUACAAAUUUCCGGUACCAUGAAGCCGUACCAACAAAUCGACGCACCUCCGUCACGUUCCUAGGAACAGGAAUGUCCACAAUGGCCUGUACUUUCUCCGGAUCCGGACGCAAUCCAUAUUGAUCCACGACAUACCCUAGAUAUCUCAACUGGGGACGACAGAACUGACAUUUUUCGAUACUAACUAACAUUCCAGCCUUCUGCAAGCGAUCAAAAACCUGAUUCAACAACGACAAAUGUGUCUCAAAAUCUUGAGAGACCAGAACAACGUCGUCCAAAUAAACAAACACAUAAGGCUGGAGGUCAACACCGAUCACUUGAUCCACAAUCCGCUGCCAAGUGGCAGGAGCACCAGUGAGACCAAAAGGCAUGCGCCGAAACUGAAACAACCCACGGCCUGGUACCGUGAAAGCCGUGUACUCUCGUGACUCGGGCGACAGCUGAACCUGCCAGAACGCACUCUUAAUAUCGAUGGUACUGAUGUAUCUUGCGUCCCUCAAGCUAUCUAAAAUGGAGGAAAUAUACGGCAAAGGGUAGGCGUCUUUUUUAGUAACUGCGUUGAGCCUCCUGUAGUCAACACAAAAACGAAAACUACCGUCCUUCUUCCGCACUAAACAAACUGGUGAAGACCAUGCAGAAUUGGAAGGCUCGACUACGCCCAUCUCGAGCAUUUUACCUAACUCCUCGUCCACUGCCUUCUGCCUCAACGGAGAAAUCGGAUAGUAACGUUGCUUAAGCGGAGUUGCACCCGGCAACAAUUCGAUGUGAUGUUGUGCAACCUUCACACACCCGAGAGGACCUUCCAUCUGCGACAACCUAGAAUCGAGAAGGGUGGUUAAAGCCGUUCGUUCUUCCGGGGUCAAGGUGUUCUCAGCCUGAAUACUACCGCACUCAACUGCACUCUCAUCCUCGGCUGCAAAGUGCCACACACUCUGUCGCAAGUCGGGUACGAUCCUCAUCGCCUUCCAGAAGUCGACACCCAAAAUCAACGAAUGCGGCACCUCAGGAACUACCAAAACAUCGAUCCACUGCACCUGAUCAAUGAGCUGUACUGGAGCGCGAACAAAACCUACACACGGGCACCUAGCCCCGUUGGCUACAGUACACUCCAACGUAACCGGAUGCAGACGAAUACCCGAGGACUUGAGUAUUUUCCAUCCAGGACCACCCACGAUAGUACGAGAAGCACCUGAAUCUAAUAAACCGCGGAAAGAACAUCCAAACACCGUUACGUCUAGAUAAGGUCGUUCGUCGCCUUUCGCGUGCUGCAGAAUGAAAUCUAACAAUAGUUGGUUGCGGUCAAAAGUCUGGGGAAAUGGGGAUGAAGGGGAUACAGUAUUGCAACCGUCUACUGUCCCCUCCGGCCGUUUCCCGAACAGUCAGGGCAAGUCUUCGAAAUAAACCCUUGCUUGCCACACUGGUAACAACGAAGCUGCUUCGGGGCUUGACACGCGCUCUUAACAUGACCAGAUUUCCGACAGUUCCAGCAAACGACACCCGCUGAGGAACCAGCAGCAGCAGACGAAGUAGAAGCCACAGCGGCGGGCUUUCGAGAACCCUUCGACGGCUUUGCAAGCUCCGCUUCCUCGUAGGCGAGAUCAGGUUCUAAAAGGCUACGCGAAUGACGCUUCUUUGGGGGCCGAAACGAUUCCAUGAUGGAUCUCCGAGCUUCCACCAUGCGACCAAACUCCAAGAGUUCCGCGAAUGAGUUAAUGGUUCGGACUCCCAACUGACCUUGGUAGAAUGGGUCAAGAUUCCGCAACACGAUUUUGAGGCGUGUUGAUUCCGGGACCUCGUAAGUGAGUCUGUCAAAAAGAUUCUCUACCACCGCCAAAUAGAUUCCCAUCGGUUCGUCCGGCCCUUGCGUACGUUGCCGAAUUUCAUCAAACAACCGGUCGUUGUAGUCAGCGGGCUGGAAUUGUUGCCGCAACAGGGCCACUAAGGCAUCCCAAUUAUCCACCCGCUUCCGGUUUGCCCGAAACCAGAUCAAUGCGCGACCCGUUAACAGAUCAAUGGCCCCAUCCAGCAGAUCUCGUUUGCUGAGAUGCCGGGCCACCCGCAGCUCCUCCACUCGCGCCAGGAACGCACUCAGUGACAUCUCCGUCCCGUCCCCCGAGAACUUAAGGUUCCAUUUGGCGACUGGUGCGUAACUUCCGCACCGACUGGGCGCGACAUGGCUGGAGUCCGCUAAGGGUAGAGCUGCCGGUGACGCGACAGCCAGGUCUUCGACUUCUGACUCACUGCUACCCUCGUUCUCCAAUGUCAACAUAUCGAGGUCGGGAAUUACAGCUGACUGAUUGAUCAACGACCGCUCUCGGCGGCGGAUCUUGGUCUGAACCUCCGAGUGCAGGUUCAGGAGUUCGACGAUCAAGAGGGAUUUGGCCGACUUCUCCUCGGGAGACUUGGGUUGCGACCGAUUCGCUCUGCCAAGUCCCCAUGCCAAUUUACUUAAAAUUUUCAAAUGCGCCGGCCCGUCACGCUCCCCUUCAAAACAAUCUAACAACUCCCGUAUCUCGACCGAUUUGUCCCGCAGAACCGUCACAUCCUCGUCGAACUUGAUCGAGUACACUGGGUACUCUAGCGGGGAAGAAGCCCUCUCCAAUUUGAGGAGACUCCUCAACGAUUUCCUCAUCUGAUCGACCGUCUCCACGCCUGUUAUCCCGCGGACUAGCAGCUCGUACGCGAGCUCGUCCCCAGACAGCCGAUUUACUUCAUAUUUCAGCGACAACGCCAUCAUCAAGGUCGAGACCGAUCGUAACCUAUAAGAAAAACUUCAACCAGACGCUAGCUGUUUUCGCCGACCGUUCUAAUAACAACUCACACCGCACAAACAAAAAAAAGAAAUCCAAAUUUCAAAAUCUCGUGUCGAGUGUCCUUUUAAUCGAACACCCUGUGAAUCAAGGGCCCCACGUUGGGCGCCAAAAUUGCCACACGAUUUUUAACCAAAAGGUCGAAUCCGAUUCAGGGCCAGCUGGUGGCAAUUGGUGCCGGCUAUUGUUACGCUCAGGGGCCGAGGGUUGAUUAGGUUUGGCCUGAAUCAGGGGAAAACGAUACGUAACUUAAUCUCUAAUUGGGCGCCAAGGUCCUCCGGCAAAACGGUGGUGGGAAGUGCUUGGACCUAAAGCACUUCUCGAGCCGACCUGAACUAUCGGGUAAAAAAAGAAAUGUGGGUGUGAGUUGUAUAUUGAGAAAAAGGAAAAAAAAAAAAUAAUCAAUUAAUUAUAAUUAAGUAAAUAGUAAACGCCAGCACAGCAGCGUCUGACAAGGUGAAAUUUAAAUUAAGUACUUGCAAUCUUAUUCCGACUCGCCGCCACUGUAAUCGGUACGACUACCAUUACUACGCUUCACCAUAGGCCGUUUGAUCAAACUCCGCAGGCGCAAUUCGCGUAAGUCCUAGACGAAUACGUACGCACCCGAUUACAUUACAGAGCGGACAACAAAAAAAAGAAACUUGCUUAACUAAAUUAUCAAUAGAAUUACUGCCACGAUGUCAACUACAUCAACUGCGUGAUACGCUCUGACCUUGUUCCUUAUCGGCGAAGUCUGACGACAGUCUCGAAGUGGCAAAUGCAAAUCCAGGCUGCUCCGGGGGGUGCAAAGUGUCGAACGGACAGCGAUCUCCAAUUCACGGCGUCGAAGAACCAGGGGGGUCAACAGGGAUCAGAUUCGCAGGCGAAAAUCACGUAGUGAUAAGCAAUACAGCAGUCAGAAGAUAAGACAAAAAGAAAAAGGAAAAAAAAAAGGGUCCUGCAAGGAGGGAAAAAACAGUUGUAGCGUAAUGAAAUCGAAAUAGUCUGGUCUUACUCUGGUGGCAGGCGACCCUAAUGUGUUUGGCACGCAGCUAGGCCCCAAAAUCCGGAACAAAUCCGAAGACUGGCCGGAACCUUCACAAAUGUCCCUCAGGACGUCGUUCCUGGACCGAGUCUAACUGGGCGGUGCUUGCCCGGACAAUCCCAUCCACUGGCGAGCGCAAAUUGCUCAAAAUUCCUGGACAGCACCAGCACUCCCGCACGUGGCAAAAAUUUUCCAACCAAAGAGACUAAUGGCGACUCAAAAACGGAUGUUAAAAAACCCUACCCCGGCUUCUCGAAGGUUUUUCCUUGAAGGGGGAGAAAGGCGGGAAAUUUCCGCCAUAAAGGCUAUGAUGAAAAAGGGCUAACUAUUUCAAAUUUGACACAUAGUUCAACUUCCGCUGCUUUGCUCCUGCGUACAACCUCUGUCAAGUUUUUGACAUUCAGUUAACCUCCUAAUCCAAGUGUCAACAGCAAUACACGCGCCAAAAUAACGCAAAUCGAAUUUCAAAACGAUAGGAGUAGCAAGGCAAAGAGGGAGGAAAGCCACCCCCAACAUCGGGUGAGUCGUAUUUACAAUGCAAACAGAAAUGGCCUUCGAGCUCUUCGUAGGCCAACAACCCUUGCCCGUCAACUACGCUUCCCUCCUACAGGAUAAAGUUCAGGGCUUAAUUUAAGGAACUCAGGACCCGCUCAUGUAAAAUCUUAUCACCUCUCUAGGGCAGAGCGUUCCCAAACCAGCUAUGUAUUACUGGUUGCCUUCUUACAGGCGCGCUUUACCGUACAUGAAGAGGCGAAGGAGAGAAG